UUCACCAACGCCGGGCAGCCUGUUUGCUUCGGCUCGCUUAUUCAAAUGAGCUCCUCUCAAUGCGGCUGAAACUCAAAUCCAUUGUCGCACUAACUUGUUCACACCUGUCUCCAGGCUGACCAACUAACAGAGGAGCAGAUUGCCGAGUUCAAGGAGGCCUUCUCCCUGUUCGACAAGGACGGCGAUGGCACCAUCACCACAAAGGAGCUGGGCACUGUCAUGAGGUCACUGGGUCAGAACCCGACAGAGGCAGAACUCCAGGACAUGAUCAACGAGGUGGAUGCCGACGGCAACGGAACAAUUGACUUCCCCGAGUUCUUGACAAUGAUGGCCAGGAAGAUGAAGGACACCGACAGUGAGGAGGAGAUCAGGGAGGCUUUCAGAGUCUUUGACAAGGACGGAAACGGCUUCAUCAGUGCCGCAGAGCUGCGUCACGUGAUGACUAAUCUGGGCGAGAAGCUGACAGAUGAGGAAGUGGAUGAGAUGAUCAGAGAAGCGGACAUCGACGGAGACGGACAGGUCAACUACGAAGAGUUUGUUUCGAUGAUGAUGUCCAAAUGAAGCGGGUGCGCAGAGAAAAAGAAACAGUCAAAUGUUUUACUUACCUAUUCUUGCAAAAAAAAAAAAAAAAAAAAAAAAUCUACAUUUACUCACACAAUUUUCUAUUGACAAAUUUGAAAAUUAAUGUCGGCAAGCGUCCGUUCUGUCCACAUUUAACCGACUCUUAAAAUGAAACCAAUGCAUGUAUCGGCUUGUACUCCUGACGCCGACACCUUUCUCACAAUAAUUAGCAAACGGAUACAUAUGCAAUACUUUAUUUCUGUAACUCUCUUCCAGUGUUUACAUUUUAAAAUGAUCACUUCUGCAACAUUCCUAAGUUCUUCCAAAGUACGUACAGACUGGAAACUAUUUUUCCAUCCGUCUUCCGAACCGCUUCUCCUCACCAGGGUCGCGGGCGUGCCGGAGCCUACCCCAGCUAUCUUCGGGCCAGGGAGGCGGGGUACACCUUGAGCUGGUCGCCAGCCAAUCGCAGGGCACAUAGUAUAAAUAAACAACCAUCCGCACUCACAUUCACACCUACAGGCAAUUUAGAGUCUUCAAAUAACCUACCACGCAUGUUUUUGAGACAUGUUCUCCCCAGGCAGGCACGGGGAGAACAUGCAAACUCCACACAGGCGGGGCCGGGAUUUGAACCGCGGUCCUCCGAACUGUGAGGCAGAUGUGCUAACCAGUUGGCCCAACGUGCCCGCCCAACUAUUUUUGUUUUUUUUCUAUAAAAAUAAUAACAAACAUCACUUUUAAUUUUUUUUUAACCACAACAGAAAAUCACGAGUAGGCGUGGUUGUCUGCUGAUAAAGGAAAAAGAGUCGGUGGACGGGUGAUUUCGCAAUUGCCGGAACGCGACUGUGUGGCGGUCAACUGUACUGUUGACAAUGGGAUGCCAGUGCCCACGAGUCAUACUGGAGAAAGAUCUUUUAAUGGAGUAAAUAAUUGACAUUCGAUUGUUUCUGGCACGUCGGGAUACCCGUUUACCUUUUGGGGAGAGUUGCCGUGUCCUCACGUCAUGAGGGCUUUUCCAGGUGUGCGAUUUGUGGGGGCGACGUCAGUCGUUGUGCUGCGGGGAAUGAAUCUUAAAUGGUCACUUUCUAUUGGCUCUGUUUUUGUAUAUAUCAUUGUAUGGAGGUGUUCAUUUCACAUUCAUGGGAAACCGGGUCGUUGCUGUGCGGCAUUUCUAUCUUAAGGUUUGUAUGCGUGUGUGCGUGUGUGCGUGUGUGUAACGGUGAGGCCCGGCUCAGUCCAACUCUUCUGUUUAGUUCAGUUGAUCUGUAUUCCGAGUUGUACAUGCUAAUCAUGACAUUGUUUUUCCAAUAAAAAGACCAUGGACUGAACGCUUA